AUGCAGUGCGGUCGAUCACGUGAUCCGCGCGAAAGAAACACAGCAGCGUUGGUUUACGAUGCCUUGGAGCUUUUGGCACGGCAGCUCCGGCUGGGGACGCCCGACAAGACGGCGGACAGGCGGAAGGAGUUCGAACUCCUACGGCAUUUAGCAGCGAAUGCCUUCCCAUGGAAGGCAGAAGAUGUGGUGCGAGAGAUGGAAGCCUUCGCCAGCCGCAAGACCUUUCUGAAACUGGCAGGUGGAGCCAAGCGGCGCAUCUUGGAACGGGCCAUCCACGAAGCACCUGUGGGCCUCGUCGUGGAGCUCGGAAGUUAUGUGGGUUAUUCCUCCAGCGUCUUGGUCCUGACCUCAGGAGCCUCAGCGUUCAGGAUGCCCGUGCGCAUCGUGAAGAAGGAUGACUUGAGGAAGUCCUAUCCUCCGAAUGGCAUUCCAACUGCCAAGAACCAGACGCCCGAUGACUUUCUCUUCCAGGCUUGCCAGUACUCUGUCAGCAUGGCCAAUUUAGAUCGCGCUUUGCAGAAGGGUGCCAAUGUGAAUGCGCGCAACAAGGAUGGAAAUUCCCCUUUGAUGCUCGCUUGUCAGAAUUGGACUGCAUCACAAUACUUGCCCUUCAUCCACAAGCUGCUGGAGAACAAAGCAGAUGUGAACGUCGAGAGCGGGUGGGGCUUCACCCCAUUGGACAAGGUCAGCGAGAUCUUGAAGGAUGCGGAGGAGGCUCGAAGGCAGGAAAUCCGAAGUCAGGAGGAGCGACGGGAGAUCAUGGAGGGUCGCUCUGUCGUGGGCUAUGGCUACGGUACAGCCGAGGAGCAGCGGCAGAGGCUAGUGCCAAACCAACCACUGGCAGAUGAGCUGGACACCUUCAAGUGUCUUCCCAAACUUCGGGAAUGCAAAAAGAUCUUGGAGGCCAAUGGUGCGAAACCUGGCGAAGCGCCCUUCAACCCCGCCUACCUCACCAGCGAGGAGUUCGUGGAGCGGCGAGACGCAAUCCUGGAAAAGUACAAGGAUGUGAAAUACAGAUAUACUGGCCAUUGA